AUGUAUGCAUGUAGUCUAGUCGAGUUUGUUGGUCAUGCAGCUGAUAUUAUUCAGAAGUGCAAAAUGGCAGAAGAAAACUUGUUUUCUGCUUUCCUGAAUUACUUCAUAUGGCUUCUGGAGAUGCUAUUGGUUCUGGUGGAGGUCUCACCCUACACCUGUGAUCAUGAAAACACCGGUGAUGAGAUACCCAUGCCUACUUACUUUCGCUUCCUUGCCUUACUUGCCUUCAAGAUAUUUGCAGCAGAGCAGGUGGAUGUUGCUAUCUUGGAGGUUGGGUUAGGUGGAAAAUUUGACGCAACAAAUGUGGUUCAGACACCAGUAGUUUGUGGUAUAACUUCCCUUGGGUACGACCACAUGGAAAUUCUUGGUAACACUCUUGGAGAAAUUGCUGGGGAGAAAGCUGGUAUUUUCAAGCUUGGAGUUCCAGCUUUUACUGUACCCCAGCCUGAUGAAGCAAUGCGUGUGCUUGAAGCGAAGGCUUCCCAAUUGCAU